UUAUAAGAAAAAGAAAAAAACCCCCAAAGAUGGCUCAUCUGUUGGGCAGCAAAUUUUGUAUUGAAAGUCUCCGUAGUGAUGUGACCGACCUCCAAGCUGCAGUGUCUGAUGUCUUCUCAAGGACAGGGCCAACAAAUAGCACCUCUUGGAAGUUUCCGGAUAAAAUUGGAAGUGAAAUAGACAUUGAGGAUCUGCUGGAGACAUAUGAUUAUUCGGAAGAUGAAGAAGAGAGACAAGUGUCACACAUUAGCUUACUGGAGUUGGUGAUUGACAGACUUGUACUGUUAAUCCAAGGUAUGUCUAAGUAUGCUGACCAGACCCUAGCGUCCAGCAGUAGGUCCACUCCAGCAAACUUACAGGGGUCCAGUGUGUCCAUUGGACUGACUGUCAGGAAGUAUUGGAACAAGAUGGUCCACCUGCAUGCUAAUGUCCAGCAGCUGCAGUCAGAGAUUAAAAGUAAAAACAGAAAAAUACAGACCCUGGAGGAUGCAGCAGAGCAUGCCUGUAACUCCCCAUCUAACCCACACAUUCACUUAAAACCCAGUGAGGGACUUAACCCCAAGUCUCCAGCACAAAGUGGUUUGAUACCACCCAGCAACCAAGACAGUUUCCCAGCUUGCAAAGAUAUUUCAAAAGACUGCUCAAACAAGUCUUCACAGACUAUCGAGACUGCAUUUGUACCAUGUGAAGCCUGUGAAAAAGUCCAACACUGUCUGAAGGAAAUUGGUGAAAAUGUUGUGAAUGUUUGUCAAACUCAGGGUCUGCCCUCUGCCCUGGCUAAGUAUAAAAAACAGAUAUCAGGCUUAGACUGGAUGACUGCUAAUGACGUGACAAGGUGGAGCUCUGAACAAAAUAAGGAUCUUGUGAAGAUCAACAAGCACUUGUCACAUCUGGAGUCGACUAUAGAACCUUUGAAAAGUGAUCUCGCUGUGUCUCAGGAAAGUUGUAAGAAAUUACAGGCCAAAGUUGAUGAUUUUGAUAAAGAGAUGUCCUUGGAAAGACAGACGCAGACUGCACAAAGAAAACAAUAUGAGCAAAAGAUAAAAGAUAUUGAACAGCAGAAUAAUGAAGCAGUCUGUGAGGUUCAGAGACAGAAUGACAAACUGCGGUCUGAUAAAAAAGAACUAGAGACAAAUGUUGUCAAGGCCAGAGAAGAGUUGGCAAGCACUCAGAAAAGAAUAGAAGACUUGGAAGCCACCAAAGUCCAACUUCUCAAGGAUCUCCAAGAAAAUGCCAGCAACAGUUCAGAAAUCCAGACUUUAGAAGGGGUUGUAUCUGACUUGAAGUCUCAACUGAAUGAUGUGAAAGAAAAGUUUGAUACCACCACGAAAGAACUAGCAAAGCAACAAGUUGUUAAUAAGACUCUUAGCAGAAAUAAAGAGGCUUUACAAGGCAAGCAAGAGUCUUUGUUGCAGAGAAUUGAUGCUCUGGAUCAGGAUAAUGAAAGUCUUAAACAGAGAGUUGAAGAGAUAGAAGACGAAAGAGACAGCCUUCAAGAAAACUUAGAUAAAGUGACAGAAGAAAAAGAAAAACUUGUGGAGGAAAUGAGUGUACAACAGAUACAUCUGACAGAGUUGAAUAAAGAGAAGAGUUCUCUAGAGCAAGCCAUGCAGCAGUUGGAGCAGAACAUAGCAGCCCUGACUCAGGAUUUGCAGGAGGCACAAGAAAGAGAGCGUCUGCUAGUGGAGUAUCCAGACUUGAAUGGACCAGUAAAUCCAGAUCUUGCAGGAUCUGGUGACAUAGCGUUGGACAUGGAGAACCAGGUGAAAGCCAAUCACACCAGAAUUCAAAUACUUGAAGAGCAGAACACAGCCCUCAGGAACUCAAUAACAAAGGUGCUGGCAGCUCAGGCCAAGGGGAAUUCAGCAGCAGGGUCGUCUGGCCCAGUGCCUCUGUGGCGGCCUGAUGCUUCAAGAUCUCAACAAAAGCAAUCGCAACAACCGCAUUAUGAACAGCGUGGAGGCCACACAAGCACUGUUGACCUAGGUAGUAACUCUACACCUCACCAGCUUCUUGCACAGCAGAGACUAAGAACUGUAGUACUGAGUGACCACACAGAUACCUCUCUGCCUCCCCUUGACCAGGGCAGUAGUAACACACUGAGGCAGGACACUUUUACUAUAAAUAGGAUUAAUUCUGGAAGGAACAUCCAGGAAAACCGUCCAAGAAUCACCAGUGCUGGAAAGGCCUCUCCCUUGGUGGCUGCCAACAGUAGCAGCCUGGCAGCAUACAAACAGCUGAAGAAAGCAGGACUUCUACCAGGUCCAAGUAGUAAAGGUAAAGUUGAGAGACCCUCAUCAACUGGAUCAGGAAGUGGUUACAGUCCACAGGAUGUUUUUACUUGUGGCAAGUGUGACAAGGUGUACACCACCUUAGCUGACCUUGACCUUCAUAAGUCUUACUGCUAUGGACACUUAUGACAUGUCUCUGACAUCUGUGACUUGUGGGAAGUGUGACAAGGUUUAUGUCACCUUGACUGUCCUUGGCAUCAGUCUCACUGCUGUGACAUGUGUGUCACUUUAUAAGAACUCACAGGUGGUUAAACAUCGGAUUUUCACUUAUUUGAUGGUCCAGGAAUAUUCCCUUGACUGUCUGUGGUCAUAGCUAGACUUUACUGCUGUGGACAGCUGAGGCAUUUCAUGACAUUUCUUUGACACCUGUCACCAUUGCCAAGUGUGACAAGCUUUAUGUGACAUCUAAUAAUUGACGGAGUAUUCAUAAGUGGAAUUGAAGUCUCUGAGAUUUUAAAAUGUGUGAAAUGAUGGGUACACAUGGACCCCACUGCUACAAACCUGGAUGAUAUAGAAAGUAUUUUGUGAAUUUGAACCAAAAGGGUUGAAAAGCAUUAUGCAUUAUGCUUAAUCAAAUGUAAGAAUUUUUGGUGUAGAUUAGGUAGAAGUUGUAAUAAAAAGAAAGAAGGAAUGAAAUGAAAAUACUUAGUAAUACACAAGAAUUCAGCUUAAACAGAAGUUUUGAUCAUGAAAUUAUAGCUAGAUUAUAAGAAUUAUUUUGUUAUUGCAGUUAGAAUUUUAGUAGGAUAAUGUCCCCUGCCACAUAUCCGUCCAUACCAUUUAUUAUUAAACAGGAAAUGUGCUGCCCAGUAAUUCAAUAACUUUUUUACUUGUUUUGCUGUUUUUGUAGGUUUUGGUCAACCAAUUUCCGUCCUAUUCCUAUUUUUAUACUUAUGUAUUUACAGCUUUUAAAUAAACUACACGGCCUAAUAUGUUAUGGUUUUACAAUUGAAUAAUAUGACAAAUUAAGUUGUUUUUUGAGGACAUUUGAGGGCUUUUAUUGCUUUUGGCACCAUUAGUCUUUGUUUAAAAUCGAUUUAGAUACAUGCUUUGGUAUUUUGCAUUUUAUUUCCCUGCACAUUAAGGUCUGAUAAAAGAAAAGAAAAAAAGAAAUCCUUUAACCUUGAAAAUUGACUGUAAGUGUACACGCAGGUUUGUUUUUGUUUUCUAAAUGCAUGUGCUUUUUGUUUUGAUGAUUUACAAAUUAAUCACAACAUUGGCACAGACAAAUGUUAUCAUUCACUUUAACCUUGGAAGAUGACUUCACCAGUCAGUCAGACAGAAGUUAUUUUGUUUUUCAAAACAUCUCUGCUUUCUCAGAACAUGUAAAAAUAUGAAUCAUUCCAGUCCUCAUAAAGACAACAUUAACAGUUUUUUUAAAUCUGCAUUUACCCAUUGAUGGCUAACAUUCUUUAAAUUAAAGUUCUUCUAAAGUUUGGAAAAUAUU